AUAGAGUUAAAAGUACAUUACAAUUUGUAAAAACACUACAUAUCAUUGUUGAAUCCAAUUCACUUAAUUUUAAAAUUUAUUUUUUUUGCAAAUCCAACAAUGAUAACAAAAGCUAACCACUCGAAGGUUUCGAGGGAAAGCUCAGUCAGCCGCAGUAUUGAUACAGUGCGCGACACUGGGGGGAGUAGUGUGAGCCUCUGUUCGAUUAAAUUAAAGCGCUGGAAGGGGUCCGUCGACGAGCUUAUGUCGCUGCCAGAGAAGCGACAAUCCAGGAUUCCUCUGCCAGUGAAGAAAACCCUAUCUCGCGCGAUUAUCCCACGCAAAUACCACCGUGUGCGUGGCCUCGAGACAGAGUACCAGAUGCUGCAAUGGCGUCAAUCGUCCUUUUUGGAGAAGCUGAGGUGGUUAGAACCGGCGGAGUCCCAAAAUGCUGGGCUCGUACAAGUUGGUUUCCAUUGUGCCGAACGAGGACAGCAUGCCACAGAAGUUGUCCAGCGAUUGCGUUCAAGAGCUGAAGAGUUGUUGCCAGGCGGCCCUCGAUUCGGGCUUUAUAAUGUUCUAUGACCACUUGGAAUACAUCCAGCUGGCCAAGGACGAGCUAGAGGCGCGCAAUCAGAAGGAGAAGCUCACCCUCAAGCUGAAGGAUCUUCUGCACCGCCAAGUAGAGAGCAUCGUCGAGAACAUCGAGCAGCUGAGUGUCAGCUGUCAACCUGUCAGCCGUCAGAAGUCGCCCAACAAGCAUCUGAUCCGCUACAUAAACGAGCUGCGUGAUCACAAGCAGGACGUGCAGGAGCAGCUCUCACAAAACGUACAGGCACACAACGCCAAGGUAAACAGAAUCAAGGCGGACCUCGAGGUGCAGCUGCUGGCGACUGAGGCAAAAUAUCAGAAGUCGCUGCGCGAGGUGAAGGAAAUGCUACAGCUCUGCGAGGCACAAAACAUAAAAGACUUAAAAGAGCUGGCCGAACAGAAUGACUCUUUGGUGGCUAAGGACAACACCAUCGCCUCGCAGAGGGCAGAGAUGGACAGUCUAAUGUCUCGCAAUAUGGAGCUGGAGCAGCUGGUAGAGGAGUCGGAGGCUAUGGUGGUCCAGGCACAGGAAGAGGUCGAAAGCAAAACAAAGUCUAUGGUCUGUCUGGAGGAGAAGCUGAAGGAGGAGCGACAGGAUGUAAUAGAACAGAAAGAUCAGAUCAUUGACGAUUUGAAUCUGAAGGUGCUGUCUCUCAAGCAGUUCAAGGACUUGUACCACAAACAAUCGAAGAAUACUCGGAAGCUGGAGGCGGGGAACAAAAGGCUGGAAGCAACGAUCAAACAGUCAAGGGCCGAGAUCAGUGAGCUGCACGAGAAGUUAAAGAGCGCAGAAGUCCAGCUUGCCUCCAGUUGCCAAAGGGAGCAGCAGCUCCACUCGCAUCUGAAGCAGGUGAAGUCGGAGCUGUUCAGGUCCGAGCAGCUGGUGGUCCAGUUGCAAGAGCAGUUGAACGCGAUCCGCGAGACUGACAUCCAAAGAAAAAAUGACCAAAUGUGCAUCGAAUCUUCAGCGGACCCGCAGAUAACUCAGAUGCGCAUCCAGCUGCAGGCGAAGGAGGAGCAGCUAAGUAAGAUGCAGCGGACGCUUAGCUGCAUGGAGGAGUCAGUAGCAUUGACCAACCAACACAACCAUAUGCUCAGCCAGCUCUGGGAUGGUCAGCGCGAGAAAGAUCUCUUGAUGGAACGACAGAUUUCCCAACCUAAGGACUGCAUGUCGGUGUCAAAGCCCAAUUAAUCAUAACCCGUUCAAAAUUUCAAGCGCAUUGCAUUUUUCAGAAAUUUGUUUCAAGAUUAUUUUAAGCAUCAGCAGACAAACAGAACAACCAAAUGAACUGAAUGGGGCCUACUUUAUAAAUCAGCCGAUUCAGGGGAAUAUUCAUGGAAUGCAUGGAAAUUACUUUAGACCACUUUAUAGCCAACUUUCCCAGCAGCAGCCACAACGGUAGGUAACCCGACCACGGCCAAUAGAGAUUCCAAUGUCCUACCCCAACCUAGGUUCAAUUAGCAAAAUUUAUUGUUCGUUUUAUUAAAUAUUGCAAUUACUACU